UGUUACAGAGACCUCUGUUCCGCGCCUGUCUCAGACCACGUUAUCAACCCGACUGCUCAACUGUUAGCAGCUUCAAUGGACAUGACUGAUAGAGGCGGAGUGGGAAGACUUCGAAAUUGUGACUGAAUUGGGCUUGCAGCACUUACAUUUUUGAUUGCACUGUAUAUUUUACAACAGGUCUAGGACUUGGCUUGUCUGAUUAAAGUCCAGCUUUGCCUUGUUGGAUAGCCGUUUUCAAACCAGCAGUACAAGUGAGUUCAAAAGUUUGAGCACUCAGUGGAGUUCUGUGCAAGGGCAAACCCAUAAUUACUCGCCGUUUUUCAUACAGCUCGACUGAAAACAUUUCAAGUAGAAGUGAGCUAUAGUCUACCUCUAUCAUGGACGAAGAGAACGUCUUACCCGAUUUUAAGGAUAUUGAGACAAAGUUAGGUCGUAAAGUGCCUGACAGUCUUCGGUCAAUUUUGGGAAAACAUCAAGACAAACAAGAAGAAAAACCAGCCACUGUAAAUUCAAAAACACGAGAAAAUUCUGCUGACUUGAAAAGACUGGAAAGCAAGAUGUUAUUUUUGAAACAGGAAAUGGCCAAUCUGCGGGCCAUCGACGGGAAGCUGCUGCAGCAGCUCAUGUCUAUCAACGAAGGCAUCGAGUCCAUCCGCUGGGUGAUGGAGGAAAAAGGAGGCGUGACCAGCCGGGAGAGCAGCUUGAAUGGCAGCUUGUACAGCCUAUCGGACAGCCAGGAUGGCACUUCGCCCCGCGGCAGCUUCACCAGUCUGCACGACGGGAACAGCGAUGGUCUGGAUGGCAUUUCUGUGGGUAGCUACCUGGACACACUGGGAGAGGACAUCCCAGACCACCCUUCACCGACGGACCUCGACAGCUUUUCAGAUAAAGCUGUUUUUGAGGAGGGUACAUUCAGCAAGCCACCAAUGAGACUUAGAGUUGAAUCGGACGAAUACUACUGCUUUGGAUGAUUUGGGGCUAACUAGUGGAAUAGUGGGGGUGUUGUCAGAGUUGACAGUAGACAUUACGGAUGUUGACAUUUAAGGUUUUGUUUUGUUAUGAGACAGGUUCUUGCAUCUCUCGUCCUGUCGCUUGCUCCCGGUCUUGCCUGUACUGGGGUUCAAACUCAAGUCCUCUGACUCGCAAACGUGACUACCACCUUUAUAAACACUGCUUUAACCAGCUACGCCACCGUAAAGCUAGGAUUGAUAUGGAAGAGAGUUUCAACCAAUUCAACUCGGUUACACUUGCACCAACUUCUGCAAAAAUAUUCUUAAAUAUUGUUGCAGUUCAAGUGGCUGUGGAAGAACAAAAAACGUCCUUGGAAUGUCGCAUGCCGUUUCGUGUGUCAAAACCGCAUUUCUAACCAACACAUAGAUAUUGAAAUGCUAUCCAAUCUUUGGCCUCUGACCUCAUCAAACCAAUACAGGAAAUAUUUUAUUGUAUCCUAAAUUCCGUUGUUUUUUCUGUAAAUGUUCAACCAAGGACAGUGUCUUCUGUCUUUUUGUAACCAUUUCAUUUUAAACCACAGGAACACUUCAGUUCAUGUGAAAACAGACUGUUAAGACUUUUCAUCUUGAGUUGGUCUAAGUAAUUGAGUAAAUAAGGAAUUAGAAGCUUUUGCAGCAUUAGUGGUUUCAUGCUGAGUAGUGCUAACAUCGAUUGACAAAAACCGUCCGAUGUCUUAAUCUGGUAGCAGUAUCCACGUGCAAUUUGCCAAAACCUUCACAUCACUGAAUAUAUAACGUGUCUUGUGUGCACUUAUUCUUCGACAGAUGGCAUACAUGAUUGCCAUUCCCAGAUCAUAAAUGAUCAUUUAAUGUUACUUUGCUUUCACCAUAAGAGAUUCAUUGUGAAUAUUAUUAAGGCAGUUCCAAAGAAGAGUUCCAAUACAACAUGUUAAGUUAUUUGAUUGGUGAGUUUGAGCUUAAAAUUCAAAACCCUUUAAUUUAUAAACACUAAUUGGCUUGCUGUAAUUUACAAACACUAAUUGGAUUGCUGUAUAUGUUGGUCAUAUUGAGCUGGUACAACAAGAUUUUAUGUACGAAAGACAUUCAUUUCCGUACGAAGAUGUACAAAUUUGUUGAUUUGCUUGACCUGUGUGUGUUGUUCUUUCACGUUGCCUACUUUUGACAUUUGUAAUUUAUUGUUAGUUGUUUGAAAAAUGUAAAAGAAAUACAGAGAUUUUCCACUUU